GUCACGGGCCAGCUACAUUAGCCAACCGGACGCGAGACAGGAGUACAUUUAACUUUGUCGAAGCGAAAGUGAUCUCUGCACUGCAGUCAGUGAGGAGCUGAGUCCUCCCGUUGUCUUCUGUUGUCCUGGAUGUGAUGUGUUACUGGCGCACUGGUUACGCUUAAAUGGCUUAAAACAAUCCUGUCUAUUUAUAACUGGAGACUUUUGUCCUUCCUUGACGGUUGAAGACUGGCUGAAUUUUGAGCUGCAAGUAAAACUAGAAAUGCAUCGUCUUGGCAUUUUUGUGCUCAUGCUAUUCCACUUAUCACAGGCUUUUCCUGUUCCACUAGAUACCGUCUUAGUUCAGGUCCAACAGUGGGUAGUGGUGGGUGCUCAGCGGGUCGAGGAGCAGGUGCUUCUCAAUGGAGUCUCUCUUACUGGCACAAGCCAGGAAUUCAACAGCAUUAUCAAAAGCAUUUCAACUGAUGGGCUCCCUCUGACUCUUAUCAGUGUCAACCAGACUUCAGUGCUAAGAAACCACACUGUUUGUCGCUCUCGUGAAUGCAUACUGGAGGGGUCUAAGUUACACUGGGCAGACCGUGUUUUCUAUGAUGGAAAGCCCUAUCUGACUCUGGACCACAAUGACACAUGGACAACCCAGGUACCACAAGCAUUUGCCUUCAAAGUCUUGUGGGACCAGGAGGUGCAGUAUGCAAGGGCAGGCCGCCUUCAAGAGGAGUGCAUCAAGCUAAUGAGAGAAUUGAAGCUUUCAGAGGAGCAGCCAGUUCCAGGGAUUCCUUUGCCUCAGAUUUUGAUCCCAAUCUUGGCAGUCCUGGCUUUUACCGGCCUAAUCAUAAUCAGCCUCCUCCUCUCCAAAAACCAGGGUUUGAGGCACCCUGGAGGGGUUCUCGGCUCCAUAAUACAUUACCCAAAAGACAUGACUGAAGAGGGUUCAGAAAUAAAAGGCGAUGGCUACAGUGCCUUGUAAUUCAGAGCACAGCUACGUAACAAGCUAAUGUUUGAGCUCUCUUCUCUGUUUCUGCUGUUGAACGUCUACUUACUGAUAUGACCUGUGUUGACAGUGUGACAUUUCAAACCCUUGCUACACUGUUGAGUUACAGGCCACAGUAUUAUAUGCACUUUAAUAUGCAUGUAUCACACUUUACAGUGGUACUCUGUGUAUAUUUUUAAUAUUUAUGCAUACACACAAUAUAAAUAUGUCCACUGCCUGCAGCAAUGCACAAGGUCUGAAAAACCUUCCUGGUUUGAUGUUUUCACAUUUCUUUUGAGAUAUUCUGCUGUAUACGGUGAUUUUCUUUGUUCUUUCCUGUUCAUGUAAAAUUUAAAAAAUGUUUAAUUAAAAAUACUUUUAUGCA